AUGGAAGUUCAAAGGUUAUUGAUAUUAAGCCUGUUAUUGAUUGUAUCAUGUGCGCUAGAACAUACCGAGAGUGGUCUCAUAAAGUGCAGAGAAGGCGAAUUUUAUGUUACUAAAGAAGACUUAUGUCAAAAGUGCUCGACAUGCAACGUCAAUGAAAUUAUCAGAAAACCUUGCAGUUCUCACAAAGAUACUCAGUGUGGCCCUUUUAAGGAAUUUGAAUUCAUGCAGUCCUCAGAAGAUGAACAAGUUCAUGUUAAAAAGAACAAGACACACCAACAUCAUAAGAAGCAUCAUCACGACAGUAGCAUCAGCAGUACCACUCACGCCUCUCCUACUAGUAACAACAGAAUCUUAGACUUUACUUCAGUUAGUUCUAGUGAAGAACAGUGGAGAACCCUAGCUAUGGGGUUAAUUGGAGUUUUAUGUGUUGUGUCAGUAUUUUUGGCAUUUUUUGUUUUUGCUGUUUGCUACAUCAAGUACAAGAGACCUAUCGUGGAAAAAGAUAUAGUUUAUGAUCCAGAAUAUUUAUCCACACCAGCACCAUCCGAAACUUACAUACAAGUCAAACCGAUUUUCUCAUCACGUGACCCAUUAAAGAACUGUCACUCUGGAUAUGAUUCAGGCAGUGACGAUGGCUACCCCUGUACAGUUCAAGUUGCUUCUGCUACACGAUUGAUACCACCAAUGUAUAUUCCACCAGUGGGAGAUGAAUACGACGCCGACCACAGUGGUUCCUCAACUCUCAAAUCAGAUUACGUUUAUUUCAACUGUCCACAAAAUGGCAACCAAAAUCCUUGA